AUGAAUAGACUCGCUGACGAGCUGAGCAGCUCUAUGGUCGGAUGUCAUAUUGACGGAGUCUGUGUUAAUAAUAUAAGUUACGCUGACGACAUGGUGCUGCUCAGCCCAUCGAUUAGAGCACUUAUGUCUUUGUUGCAAAUUUGUGAGUCAUACGCUCAUACGCCCAUGGACUCAGGUACUAAAUGUUACAAUAUUAUGCCUAAUGUAACACUUUGCGGUGCUCCUUUGAAAGUAGUUUCGAGGUUUAAGUACUUGGGUCACUGGAUCACGGAUGACCUUUCUGACAACGUCGACAUCGAGAGGGAGCGUAGGUCUCUGUGGGUCAUCUAUACGCGAAGGACAUACAACGGCCUGCGCGUACAAUACAACAAUGCGUUCCGGGUGUUGCUGGGGCUGCCGCGCUACUGCAGCGCCUCGGGUAUGUUCGCGGAAGCGGGGAACCACGGACGGGUUUGUAGCCAUCAUGCGCAAGAGGUGCGCCACGACUCGUCGAUGUUCGCUCAUUGGAUGCGACUGCAUACCGCCGUUGCAUAG